GAGUGGCUGAGCAGGUUUGGCUACCUGCCCCCGGCAGACCCCGCCACAGGACAGCUGCAGACGCAAGAGGAGCUGUCCAAGGCCAUUGCGGCUAUGCAGCAGUUCGGUGGCCUGGAGGCCACUGGCAUCUUGGACGAGGCCACCCUGGCUCUGAUGAGAACCCCACGCUGCUCCCUCCCAGCCCCCCCCGCCGCGGCCCAGGCCCGAAGGCGGCGCCAGGCUGCAGCUCCAACCAAGUGGAACAAGAGGAACCUAUCAUGGAGGGUCCGGACGUUCCCGCGGGACUCGCCCCUGGGCCGCGACACGGUGCGGGCGCUGAUGUACUACGCGCUCAAGGUCUGGAGUGACAUCACGCCGCUGAACUUCCACGAGGUGGCGGGCAGCACCGCCGACAUCCAGAUCGACUUCUCCAGGGCCGACCACGGCGACAGCUACCCCUUCGAUGGCCCCGGCGGCACCGUGGCCCACGCCUUCUUCCCUGGCAACCACCACACUGCGGGAGACACCCACUUUGACGAUGACGAGGCUUGGACCUUCCGCUCCGCGGAUGCUCACGGGAUGGACCUGUUUGCCGUGGCUGUCCACGAGUUCGGCCAUGCCAUCGGACUGAGCCACGUGGCCACUGCACGCUCCGUCAUGCGACCAUACUACCAGGGCCCAGUGGGCGACCCACUGCGCUACGGGCUCCCCUAUGAGGACAGGGUGCGCGUCUGGCAGCGGUACGGUGUGCGGGAGUUCGUGUCCCCCACAGCGCAGCCUGAGGACCCUCCCCUGCUGCCAGAGCCGCCCAACAACCGGUCGAGCAUCCCGUCCUUGAAGGAUGUACCCCACAGAUGCAACACCCACUUCGACGCGGUUGCCCAGAUCCGAGGCGAGGCCUUCUUCUUCAAAGGCAAGUACUUCUGGCGGCUGACCCGGGACCGCCACCUGGUGUCCCUGCAGCCCGCACAGAUGCACCGCUUCUGGCGGGGCCUGCCGCUGCAUCUAGACAGCGUGGACGCCGUAUACGAGCGCACCAGUGACCACAAGAUUGUCUUCUUCAAAGGAGACAGAUACUGGGUGUUUAAGGACAAUAACGUAGAGGAAGGAUAUCCGCGGCCAGUCUCCGACUUCAGCCUCCCGCCGGGCGGCGUGGAUGCCGCCUUCUCCUGGGCCCACAAUGACAGGACUUAUUUCUUUAAGGACCAGCUGUACUGGCGCUACGAUGACCACACGCGGCGCAUGGACCCCGGCUACCCCGCCCAGAGCCCCCUGUGGAAGGGCGUGCCCAGCGCGCUGGACGACGCCAUGCGCUGGUCCGACGGUGCUUCCUACUUCUUCCGUGGCCGGGAGUACUGGAAGGUGCUGGAUGGCGAGCUGGAGGCGGCGCCUGGGUACCCGCAGUCCACAGCCCGGGACUGGCUGGUGUGUGGGGACCCGCCAGAUGACAGCUCUGAGGCCGCGGGCGCAGACGGGGCCCCGCCAGGACAGCACGAGCAGAGCCGCUCAGGGGAUGGCUAUGAGGUCUGCUCCUGCACCUCCCUGGCCUCCCCUCUCCCAGUGGCCUCGGGCCUGCUGGUGGCUGCCACCACACUGCUGCUGCUGCUGCCGCUAUUUCCACCAAGUGUUCUAUGGACCGUGGCCUGGGCCUUGGCACUGUGAUGGGGAGGCAGGACAGCCAGCCACGGAGGGCAAGGACUCUGCUCUACCCCCGACCUCGGAGUAGGUGUCCCUGGAGGGAGCCUCUGGCCUCAGAUGAGGUCAGGCCGCCACCGCCCCAGAGCCGAGAGAAGGGCCGGGAGAGACGGCCCCGCCGAGGACCAGGAAGACUGUCUGGCCAGGCUGGGGCCCAGCUCUGCCCUUGCACCAGCUAGUGACUGCAUCACACAGGACUUUACUGUCCAGCAAAGCGACGUCUGUCCCUAGAGGACGUCCAGUCGGGCCACACCACCCCCUCAGGUCCUGGAAGGAGUAGCCGGGCUGGGAGGAGCCCCUCCUCCGAGCGUCACCACCGCCCCACCCGCGUGUGCACUGCCACCCCUGGUGCUUCCGCCCGCCCACUGGGGCCUGAGUCCCCGGUCCCCGUGGAGCCACCAGCCCCCAGCGGGUGGCACGUCUCCCCUGUGACGCGUUCAAUCAACAUGACCUCCCUGCUUUGUAA